CUCAGGCCCCGGCCGUUGCGGGCCGCACCCGCUGUGUGCACCAAGCACGUCCCCGCAGCACCGGGCAGCGCGGAUCGACCCUCGCCGCGUUCCCUCCGGCCUCCGUGCUACCGGUGGCUCGUCCGGACCGGGCCUGGGGAUGGGGGGGUGCGGGACAGGCGCUCGGGAACGGGCAUCGCCUCCGCCGCGGGGGUCAUGGGUAGAGGCUGCUUCCCCCGGUCCCCCCAGCCCGGAGCACCGUGGCAGUGACCGCGGGGCCCGUCCCUAGAGCUCGGUGCCGGCACAGCCAGGCCUUAACCCCGUGCUGGUACCGUGGCCCCAUGGAGCUGCACCAGGGCACGGGCUCCGGUAGUGGCUCAGGUGAGGGCUCUCGGUGUUGGGUGGACAUCGGGGCUGAGCCUGCUCGUGGGCAGCUUCGCUCCAGCUGCAGCUUGGGCUGCACAAAACACGACCGAGCGGAUUGAUGCUGAGGGCUCCUGUCCCCGUGGGUGUCACAGCCGCAGUGUCCAACAUCUGAGUGUCCCUUAUGGUGUCCCAGCUGCUGCUGAAGAAGAUCCGUUCUGCAGCCCGUUGUUCCUUGUGCUUCUUCCUCCCUACCAGAUCAGGAUUAAGCUUUACACCCUGCUGGCUUCGCCUGUUCCCUGUGGAGGUGGCAAAUCUCACCUCGGGCUGUGACACCGGCCGCGGCUCCGUUGGUUCCCUGCCUGCCUGCCUCUGCUGUGGGAGAUUCCCUGCGUUAUCCUCCUCCAAAUCCCUGUGACGUCCGCAGAGCACUUGACUGGGAUUAGUGUGUCAUGUGGAGGCUCUUACCCACUGCUGACCUGUGCCUCCCCUUCUGCCGCUCCUUUGGCUUCUGACCCUUCCCUGCCUGUGCCGCUGGUGGCCGCUCCAGGGCCGGUAUUCCCGGAGGUCCGUGAGGAGCAUUGGAUAUGAUUUCUCUGCUUGGGCACUAAGUUUUCCAUCACAGCUUUGUUGCCUGCACAGUUCCCUCUCUCACAGUGUCUCUGACACCUUCCCUGUUUCCCUAAAAGGGGUUUUCACCAAAUCCUUGUUAUUUUCAGAGGUUAACAUUGAAACUGAAGAUUUUAUAACUUAAGUGGAGCUGGUGAGAGGGUCAGAGUCCUCCUGGGUGCAUCUCUGGCCUCCUCUUCAGUGCCUCUUGUACAUUUGAACCAAUAACCAGCUCUUUUUCCCCAGGCAGGCAGCUGUGCAGUGCCCUGAGCGUGAUCCCAGUGUUUUCCCUCAGGCCAUUGUACACUUGGCCCUGGUGAUGUGUGUUUCCUUCUCACCGCCCUGCUUGAGUUUCCUGCUUCCUGCUCCCUUGGCUGUGAGUGCCCCUGGAUCAACACCAGUUUGCUGGGACAGCGAGUUGCAGACCGUUAUUCAAACAAGAGAGCAGCAAGGAGUCGUGUUCCCUCACCACAGCCUUUGGCAUCGAGAAAGCACAGCUGAAAGAGCCUCCAGCUCUCCUGUCAGGUCUCCAGGAGGAUGCUGCAGCUUUGGCAGGGACUCAGGAUCCAUUUGUGAGCAGAAUCUAUUAGGAAGCUGGAAAACUGAAUGUGAUGCCAGUAUAGAUUUGAGGUGCUCAGGCUUGUUAGUGUUGGGAUGGCUCCAUCGUGGUGUUCUCAGUGAGGGUUCAGUUCUCAGGGCUGCUUUACCAAAGGAAAAUGAGAUCUGGUUACUCAGAGCUGGGGUGUGUCAAGCUCAAAGUGGGAACAAGCUGCAGAGUUUACUGCAUUAACCAUUGUAACCCUUUAUCCUGGGCUGGGUUAGAUGGGAUUGCCUGAAAUCCUGGUUUAGGGUUGAGGAUAUGUUCAGGAUGAUUUGGUUUUUCUCCAGAGAGAAAUCAGUCACAGGAUUUUCUUGAUGAUGCUUCUAACGUGGGUGAUGCCUGGAAUCUGACCUGAUGGCUGUGUCGAGAGUUGUUUUCCCAGUAAUUUGGACCUUUCCAAAGCACCCUCUUGCCUAAUGCCAUGAAUAUUGCAGUGAACAAUGUGGAAGAAAAAGCUGUCCAUUCCUGGUCAAGAAUUUCCUCUGCAGGACACAAGGUGCUGGAGGAAGCCCUCCGAGUCUUCAACCCCAUGUCCAAGGACCUUUCGGACACAGAGACUCAGCUGGUGGCCUUCAUCCAGAGCCUGAAGGAGGAGGGCUACCAGCCCACCAUUCUGAGGAGUAAGGAUGUGUACGGGUACAGCUCAUGCACGGCAGACACGCCGACUCAGACAAAAGAGAGCAGUCCCCAGCACUGUGCCAGCACCACUAAGAGUCCAACCAGAAACACCACAGCCAUGGCAAAGGUGCCCGCUGAGCCCACCAGUGUGCCAGUGAACUCUCUGAAAGUCUCCACUCAACCUGUCCCGAAAGGGGAUUCCACAAAUCUCCUCUUGAGCUCCUUGAAGCAGACAAAAUCCAGGACGUCCAAGGCUGCAGCUGUGGGCUUCCCUACAAACAUGUAUCCUGAUGUGUAUCCAGCCAUGAGACUGUCGGUGGUUCUGGAAGCUCUGGUGCCGCUGAAAGCCACCGCAUCCUGUUUGGAGUCCAAGUACACAGGAGGGCGUCUUGGGAUCUCGCCCUCGGAUCUUAAACUGCUCAAGGCUUCGAGUCCCGCAAGGAAGUUUCCUUCGGGCAAAGCAGCCAAACUGACCAAGGGUAAGGGCUACAAGCGCUUGGUAAAGAAAGCACCGGAUUCUGCCACCCUGGCUUUAAAUCUCCUCAAGGGACCAAAGGGUGGAGUGCUGCAGGAGAGCAAUGCUUGCAAAGCCUCGGGAGUCCUCAACGGGAGAGUCACAGGCAGCUCGUCCCAGGGCUGCACUGCAGCACCGCAGGCCAAGACCUUGAAAAUCAAAGAUAAAGGAGCUCUGGUGGGGAAAACAGAAUGGAAGGACAACAGCACUUACCGGGAGGGCGCUGGGCAGAAGAAGAGAAGAGCCACAGAGGCGAGGGAAGCGCCACAGAGGAAGAAAGCAAAUACCAUUCCUGCCCGAAACAAACCUCGCCGGGCUCAGAGCACUUGGAACCUGCUGAAAUUCCAGGCCAUCAAGGUGGGCGACUCUUCCUCUGACGAGGAAGUGAGGAGGAGAGCACAGAAGAUUCUUAGGGUCAACCUGUCCCCUGUGAUCCGAAUUCAGCCCUUGUCCCACGCUCACAGCGUCCCCUGAGGGUCUUCACUUUGUCACUUUCUCCUUUUGUAAGUAAGUAAAUACGAGCCCAGCACCAGAGCGUGGAGAGGUUGGAGACUGGAGCUCUGGUGCCUGGGGGUGACCUGCUGACUGACCUGCAGACAGAGCAGCCUGCUCCUGUGCUCCUCCUGCCUCGUCUGCUCUGCAGAGCUGACUGCAGAAGCACAAGGACCCGUUGGGGAUGGUGACACAAAGCCCUGCAGGUCGGAGGGCUGGCUUCCCACCUCAGGAUGUGGCAGGCUGAGCUCUUGUGCAGGGGGAGGACACGGGACUUUCUCAUGACAUUGAUGCACUGUGAUAUUGCUCUUUUUUCAAGCUGUACAUUUACUGGGUUUAUUUUGAGCAAAUUUUAUAACUUUAUUAUCUAUAUAUCUAUAUAUCCAUAUAUGUGCACAUGGCCCAGGAGCUGUGGGAAGAUGCACUCCCUCCAUCCCUCUGGGAUUGGGUUUGAUAGCUUUUGUUCCCCUUCAGCCAGUGUUUUGUUGGAAGGUGCCAGGAUUUCUCUGUGAUCCAGUGUUGUGACAGUUUGUUUUGGGCUCUGCUGAGCAGCUCCAAGGCAGACAGAGCUGUAGCCCCUUGUUUGCCUCCAGAAAUGCCAAGCAAUUUGGAGAAUUAUCAGCUCAUCAUUGACUCUAGUUUUAAUCACGGUUUUGGUAUUACCUCUGCAUAGGGGGGAGUGUUAUGGGACUGUUGCCUGCAAUUCUCUAGGUGCCUCUUGUGUUUGUUGGUAGCAGAAGCUCUGAACUCGUGGUAGGGGUUUGCCUCCAAAGAGCGAUUCCUCCUCAGCACCAGUGUUGUUCUGCUCUCCUGCACCCUGGGUGCAGCCAUAGAACAUGAACUGUGACUGUCAGAGCUGAAAGACUGGAGCUGGGAGCAGGAAUUGUGUAGUGUCCUGCUCAUCUUGUGACUGCAUUGCUGUUGCUGGAUGUUUCAGGAGCAGGUUCUAGGUAGAGAAGACACAAGCUGUAUUUGAAUGUAUUAACUACAUCCUGCUGUUCCCAGGGCUCGGUGGGAUACUUGAGCCUGAAUCAAAGCAGAAAAGCAAAAGAUUUGACAGAAUUGGUGCCAACAUUUAAACAGAUUGUUUCUCUCUGUCGGUUUGUGGGGGUGAAGCAGUAGGAGGGGAGAUCAGCACCGUGUUGUGACGGGUGGCAGCUUUGCUGUGCCAUCUGGGAUGUUGUGAGAAGGUGUGUGCCAGGUGUGAAAGCUCCCAGAGCACAGGCUCUGCGCAUCCCCAGGAGGAACUGUGGAACCUCCUGCACCGGGGGCAUGCUGUGGGAUGCUGUGGGAUGCAGUCGGAUGCUAUGGGAUGCUGUCGGAUGCUGUAUCAUGAGAACACAGGCUGUGCGUUGGCAGAGGUCGGGUCUGCUCUCCACAGGGAGGGAUCUGCGAGCUCUAGGAGGAGCAUCACAUUGGAGCAGUAGGUGCUGUCACUGUCACCUGGGAGGGACUGUCUCCAGUGAGAUGAUCUACACUGGGAGGUUGCAGAAGCAGAACCUGGUGGCUCGGAGAGAGGAGGCAGCAUCAGGCCAGGCUCUGCAGCACUGGGCCAGUAAUCCACUCACCAGCUCCAAAUACCAGUUAUCUGAUCUAGUGAUCUCUGUGGACAUUGGCUGAAGGGAUGAGCUCCCCUGGGAAGCCUCAGCUCCUCACAUUCCAGCCUCUCCCUAGCACCUGGCUGCAUUUCAGUUCUUUAUAAGGGGUAUCAGUGUCUGAUCCUCAUCUCAGAGAGGAAAACCUUGGCAGAGGGAGGAGAGAAGAGGUGGGUGAGUGUCCCAAGGCACAGCCAGGGUUCUCCCUCCUCACCCAGGUAGAGCAGGGUGGAGGUUCUCCCUCGGGGUCUGAUUGCAGGCCCUGAAUCCUCUGCUGGGGCUCUGUGUGGUUGUGCUGCGUCGCUGUCAGAGCUCAUCCCUUGCAGUGGUUGGGACUGACCUGUGAAUGCCGCUGGUUGGCUGUGGACGAGGAGGAAAUAUUUCCUUCUGUGGUUUGAAAUGCCCUGGCAGGGAGUUCCGUGUCCCGACGUGGUGCUGGAUGAACAGGAACCUUCUGUCACUGUUAACCAGCCAAAAAUUGCUUUGUCCCUUUUGCUCCUGCUCCUUCAGACCUUUCUCAUUCCCACGCUCCCAAAUGCCAGGUCUGGAAGUCUUGCACUGCGGUUUCUCUUUUUGGCUGCUCCUGAGGAGUCCUGAGCUCCUGCCUGUGCUCUCGCUGCCUCCCAGGCUGCUCCGAGGCUUCCCUCUUCCCAGCCCCUUAUAAGGACACCGAGAGCUGCCUCUGGAGCCUCUUCAUGCAGCACAGACAUCCCAGCCCGGGCUCUGGUGGGAAAACAACCCUGCAUCAACCAGGCUGAUUCGGGUUGAGCUUUCCCUCCAGCCUGAGCAGGAAGCUGAGCACCUGAGGCCAUAUCCCUCCUCUUCGUGGUGCCUCUUCCCCCAGCUGCACUGCUGCCUGCCUCCCCGCGCUCCUCCAUCACCUCUUGCCUUUCACAGCUUGGGCUUUUGCCAGGCAGGGACUUGGCUUGUGCUGUUGCUUAACACAUCCAACAGAACAUCUUGCCUUAGUGCUGCCAUGCCUUUCCCAGCACUGAGCUCAGUUCUGCGAAUGCUUGUCGGCAAUGUCCUUCCCAGGCCGGCAGCAAGAGGUGCUCUGCUCCACAGGGAGAGAUGAGUAUUAGAAACACUUCUGUGCCACUGAGGCUGCUGCAGGGGAAGCAAGCAUCCCAUUCAGUGCUCCAGGACUUGCCUAUCAUCAGUCCAGUCUCUUAUCAGCCCUUCUGCAUAUCUUUUGACAGGCUGCAGGGCCCCAUGCUACUGGGCAGCACUGGAGCUUGAUUCUCUGCCCUCCUUAUGCUUCCUCUUCCCCCUUGCAGGUAAUUUGUUAACUUGGCUGGAAGGAUUCCAGUCUAGAUUCUAGAUUCUUCUAGUGGAAGGUGUCCCAUGGCAGGGGUUGGCACUGGAUGUGCCUUAAGGUUCCUUCUAGCCCAAACCAGUCUGGGAUUCUCUGAUUGCAGCUUGUUAUUCACAGAUGAGCAU